ACAAACCACAGGCUGAAACCUCGACGAUUAAACCAUUAACCAAGAACUAAUCACGUGAAAAGUUUGUUAAUAUAGUGGGGACAUAUGUGUUCUGUUGUGUUUGCUAGCUGUGCUCCUCUAACGGAAACGUAACCGCCGGGCGGACUCCCUUUAAAACACAUGAACGUAUCUCUCACCACGUCUGAAUCGCUGUUCACGUGCUGGAACAUUAGAGAAGCUAACACGAUCCCGGGGAUCCGGACGGACGGCUCCGCCAUGCUGCUCGUUCUCCACACAGAUCGACCGGGACGCGGUUCUUCCUCUGGCGCGGGACGCCAUCUUGAAGCGCGCGAGGGGGGUGUUUCCCGCCGGGAGGGCGGGGCCGAGGGGCUUCAGGCUCGGACACAAGUUAACUUCGGUUGUUGUGACCGGACGUUUAAGACUGCGGGACCCUCGUCGACUGGCAGCUGUGAAACCGAGUCCAGCUGAGGCGGAGUGUCUUCGGUCCCGCGGCUGUGUGUUGGACGCAGUGACAUGCUGACCUGAUGGCGGCGCUGAUGAACGAAGAGGGGGGCGUGGCCUCGCGGCUGCAGGCGGCGGCGGCGACGGAGGACCUCUGGUGUUUGGCCUUGGGGCUCUUCCAGGUCUGGAUGUUCGUGGUGGUGUUUCUCAUCAUGCUGCCCGCCAUGUUCGGACUCUCUCUGGGGGUCACCGGGGUCUACAUCCAGGUCCUCGUCAGAGUGCUGGAGUGGGCCACGUUACGGAUCCAGAGAGGACGGCGGGAGCAGCCCAGCGUGCCGGUGCCUCUGCCCAACGGAAUCAUCGAGCGAGUCGGGGGCUCGAUGGAGGAGGAGGUGGGCCAGCUGCGGCGCUCUCAGUCCCUGGCGGGGGGCAAGUUCGCUCUGAGCGAUGCCUUCUACUUCUACAAGAAGGGUUUGGAAAGCAUCGUGGACGACCAGGUGACCCAGCGCUUCUCCUCCGAGGAGCUGGCCUCCUGGAACCUCCUCACCCGAACCAACCACAACUUCCGCUACAUCAGCCUCCGCCUCACCAUCAUCUGGGGCCUCGGCGUCUUCGUCCGCUACUGCGUCCUGUUCCCGCUCAGGAUCACGCUGGCCAUCAUCGGCCUCUCGUGGCUCGUCAUCGGAACGGUUCUGGUUGGAUUUCUACCUGAGAGCAGUGUGAAGAGCUGGCUCAGCGAGCUGGUCCACCUGACCUGCUACAGGAUCUGUGCCAGAGGUCUGUCCGCCACCGUCCACUACCACAACAGAGAAAAUAAACCUCAGAAAGGAGGAAUCUGCGUCGCCAAUCACACCACGCCGAUCGACGUGGUGAUUCUGGCCAAUGACGGCUGCUACGCCAUGGUGGGUCAGGUCCACGGGGGUCUGAUGGGGGUCAUCCAGAGAUCCAUGGUGAGGGCGUGUCCUCACGUUUGGUUCGAGAGGUCGGAGAUGAAAGACCGCCACGCCGUGACGAGCAGGCUGAGAGCUCACGUUGCAGCUAAGACCAAACUUCCCAUCCUGAUUUUUCCUGAAGGAACCUGCAUCAACAACACCUCAGUCAUGAUGUUUAAGAAGGGAAGCUUUGAAAUUGGAGGGACAAUCUAUCCGGUUACGAUAAAGUACGACCCCCGCUUCGGUGACGCUUUCUGGAACAGCGCUAAACACAACAUGGUCAGCUACCUGCUCCGCAUGAUGACCAGCUGGGCCAUCGUGGUCAACGUGUGGUACCUGCCCCCCAUGACCAUACAGGAUGAUGAAGAUGCAGCUCAGUUUGCCAACAGAGUGAAAUCUGCCAUCGCUCAUCAGGGAGGACUGCUGGACCUGGCCUGGGAUGGAGGACUGAAAAGAGAAAAAGUGAAGGAUUCAUAUAAGGAGGAGCAGCAGAAGAUGUACAGUAGCAUCAUCGCUGGACAGAACGCCGCCAGCUCCCCGAAACCCACAGAGGAGCAGUGACACUGGUCAGACUGGGGGCUCUGGUCAGACUGGGGGCUCUGGUGAAUCUGGACUCUGAUCAUCGUUAGCAGUCUCAUGUGAACUGGUUGAACUCUGAGAACAUUUUUAACUCUGAAGUUUUAUUUUCCGGUUUUUAAACGAGUGUGUGCAGGAGAGCGUUUCCACCAGCAGGAGGCAGCGUGUGACAACACAAUAAUCCUGCACAUCCACCCGCUGCUCCUCUCCUCGUCCUCCUCCAGCCGCUAUCAGGCUGGACAUUGUGUCUUCUUAUCAUUCGACCCGACGGUGUGUUUUAAUGUUUCUGAUUUUUAAACCUGCUGCUCUGAAAAGAAAUCAUGAAGAAGAAGAAAAGUGACGAUAAUGAAGGAGAAGCUGUGGAUCAGCUUUAAAUCAAUCAUUAAUUAUAUGUGUGAUUCUAUCAGCCACCAAAUGUGACAGCAGAUAUUUGCAUUAUUUCCAUUUUUAUUCUUUGCUUUUUAUUUUCUUUGUUCUGUUCAAACAGACCAAACAUCAGGAACGAAACAAGAACCCAAAAUAUAAAAUACAUCAAAAAAUAAAACAAUAAAAAAAAUCAACCAGAAACAUUUUAAAAAAUCCAGAUGUGGCCUCGUCAUGUUUCGGGUCGGGACCCCUCAGAGGGUCACAGCAGAACUGAUGAUGAUGAUGAUGACGUUUUAUUCUUCGGCCUUUUUCUCGCGAAUUAUUGAGCGGUUAUAGUUAAUUGAGUCAGUUACCGCUGGCGACCGGCGAUGUGAAGCAUUUUGAUUGGACGCUGCAGCUGGUUUUUAAACAGACAGUGGAGGAUUUAGCGCCUCCUAGCGGUGAAGUUGGAAGUUGGUUUGUCCUCUGUGGGCUCCUGUAGCAACACGGUGGUGAAGAGGAGGAAGAGGACACAGAAACACUCAAAACACAACGAUUUUUAUUUUCAGGCCAUCAAACACUAAUGAAACUAAAUUAUUUACUUUUAUUUUCUGCAUUUUCUGUUUUCAGCUCUGAAUCCCGUCAGAAACAGGAAGCAGGAGGACCAAACAAAGACAUAACGUUCAGAUAAAUAAAGUUUUAAAUAUAUAAACGUGUUUCCGUGGAGACGUGAGAAGAACUGAACGACGAGAGCUGCUUUAAUCAUGACGGAUAAUUAAAGGAAAGGCAUUUAAAAACAGAGAGGUCAGUGGAUCGCAAUGAAGCAGCGACAGAAGACGAAUGGACACGAGUGACUGAUCGUAAACGACGUUUGAGGACGACGUGGCGUCCUUCAGUAAAAAGCUGCGAGACGGUUUGUUUUUCUGCACCAUGUUUCUCUUCAUGCCUGGAUCCAAAAAUACUGCAAUCAUGUACAAAUAUAUAUUAAAAUAAAAUAUCCACCAUGAGUUCAUUUCACUUCCUGCAGAAGGCCUCAUGGUUUGUGCACCACUUCAAAAUAAAAUGUUC